AUGGUAUCCCCAUCCCCAACAUCAUCCCCACCAUCAUCCCCAUCCUUAAACUCAUCUUCUUCUUCAUCCCCGUCCUCACUAUCCCCAUCCCCAACCUCAUCCUCAGCCCCAAGCUCAUCUCCAACCCCACUGCCAUCCCCAAGGGUAUCCCCAUCCCCACUGUCAUCCUCACUGUCAUCCCUAACUCAUCUCCACCGUCACCCCCAUCCCUAA